CCUUCCGGUCCUCACGUUACUUCUUCCCGAGACUCCACACGAACACGAAUCCACGAUCACACACACAACCAGAAGACGCACAGGCAGGAGGCAGCCGAAUCGGCGAAUCCCUCGACCUCACGCCACCUUCCAGGCUUUCCAGCCCAGCGCUCCGGCGAUCCGGCCUCUCCCGGCGCGACUCCGCCCCUCUCGACCGCCGCCCCCCCGGCGAUCGUGAUGUCGACGCAGUCCAUUUCGCCGGCCUCCGCGUCCGCGCAGUUCACCUACCAUGCCGCGGCGGCGGCCGCGGCCACGACCCCGUCCUACUUCCCCGUGCCCUUCCACCUCCAGAACCCGCAGUACGCCGCGUGGCAUGCGGCCACCGCUGCGGCGCCUGCGUACAACGCCGUCUACCCCAUGCCCCAGGUCCAGCAGGCACAACACUUGUUCCAGAAGGACUCAAAGAUAAUCAGUCCUGAGGCUCUAGCCACAGUUAAGGCUGCUAUUGCAAAUAGUGAGAAAGACAAGAAGGUUGAAGCAGCAAAGAAGGCUGUGCCUCGAAAGGCAGCUGGGCAAAGUUGGGAGGACCCAACCUUGGCUGAUUGGCCUGAAAAUGACUUCCGUUUGUUUUGUGGUGAUCUUGGAAAUGAAGUGAACGAUGAUAUUCUUACAAAGGCAUUCUCAAAGUAUCCGUCCUUCAACAUGGCCAGGGUUAUACGGGACAAGUGGACUGGUAAAACUAAAGGAUAUGGUUUUGUUAGUUUUGCUAAUGCAUCAGAUCUUGCUGCUGCCUUGAAAGAAAUGAACGGUAAAUAUGUUGGAAACCGGCCAAUCAAAUUACGGAAGAGCACAUGGAAGAGCAGGAUAGACUUUGAAGCUUUGGAGAAGGGGAAGACUCGACCACAGAAGAAAAUCAAACUGCAGAAAAGAAGUGUUCUUCACAAGUAAAACUGAAAUUCUGCAUGUUCAUCUCAGUAUCAACAUCUGAGAAGGUUGCCUGAAACUUUGAACAGUUCCUUAACAUCCGGUGUCCAUUCUGCUUCCAUAUGCCGUGGUGGUGGAUGGGAAGUCUAGCGAAAUAUUAGCAUGCAAUAACUUGUACCUGGAGCGUAAUGCGAUCAGCGCAUCAUUUCAAUUGUUUAUGCCUUUAUGGAGCUGUAGUUGUAAAUACUCUAAUGACUAGUGCUCUUAACGUUCGAAAGAUUUGUAGACGUUAUGGGUGGCUC